CGCUCCCACCCCAAGUCCCCAACCCCCUCAGUCCUCUCCGCCCUGGACCUUUCCAAGUCUCAAACCAGAGCGAGGCCGCACUGCCCGCGAGUCCUCCACUCCGACCGCACGAUGGCUGCGCUGCGCCUCGCCUCCUUCACCCUCCGCCCCGCCGCUGCCGCGGCCUCCGCCUCCUCCGGCGCGACCCCAGCCGCGUCCGGCUCCGUCUCCGUCUCCUUCACCCGCGCGGCGCGGGGGCUGCCCUCCCUCCGCCUGGCCCCGCCCCGCCGCCGCGGGGACCUCGCCAGGCCCCGCGCCGCGGCCGAGGCCGCGGCGGAGAGCUACGCGUCCGCGCUGUCGGAGGUGGCCGUCGAGAACGGCACCCUCGAGCAGACGGUCUCCGACCUGGAGAAGCUGGAGAAGGUCUUCGCGGACGAGGCCGUCGCCGAGUUCUUCGACAACCCCACCGUCCCGCGCGAGGAGAAGGCCGAGCUCAUCGACGAGAUCGCCAGGUCGUCCGAGCUGCAGCCGCACGUCGUCAACUUCCUCAACGUCGUCGUCGACAACUUCCGCGCGGCCAUCGUGCCGCAGAUCGUCGCCGAGUUCGAGAACGUCUACAACUCGCUCACGGGCACCGAGGUCGCCACCGUCACCUCCGUCGUGCAGCUCGAGUCGCAGGACCUGGCGCAGAUCGCGCAGCACGUCCAGAAGAUGACCGGCGCCCAGAACGUCCGCAUCAAGACGCAGCUCGACCCGGAGCUCAUCGCCGGCUUCACCGUGCAGUACGGCCGCGACGGCUCCAGCUUAAUCGACAUGAGCGUCCGGAAGCAGAUCGAGGAGAUCGCGUCCGAGUUCGAGUUGCCCGCCGUCCCGCUCGAAGUCUGACCGGCCCGAGGCGUCCUCCAUCCUCGCCCAUGAGAUGCUUUGUUGCUACUGUCUGAAAGGUAUGGCAAGAAUCAAGCGGGAAUGUCGUUGGUCCUGUCCCCUUCAGGCCUGCGGAUCAGUGGUGGUGGCUCCGGAUCUGCAAUACAUAUCAACGGACAUUCUUCUGUGCGUUUCUGUUUUCCAUUUUUUGGCGGGAACCUGUGUAAAAGUUUCUCCUUUUUGAUUGUGGUUGAGAGACACUGUAAUAUGGUUAAAACACACAUAUGUAGCUGGGUCUGCACCUCCUCUCUCCGAUAGAGUCGCGAAGAAUUGUAUAGGAUGAGUUUGCGCUCCCUUAACCUCGCCGAAAAGUACAUCAGGCGUAGUUCACUCGUGCA